GGCGCUGGCGCCCUGUCACGUGGUGCGCGCGGGGAAAGGGCUGGAAGGAGCCGCUGGUGUGCGAGCGCGAGGCCCCGCCGUUGUCUCUAUAAGUGCUGUGGGGAACAAGUCUGUUCUGCAGGAGUUUUGUAAAGCAUUUUUGUGCCGACUGUGUGAGGAAUGAAGUGAAAUCAGAAGUACUUCCAUCCUGAAGAGAGUUAAACUGAAGAGAACUGUUUGUCUAUCAAUGGAUUCAUCACUUGACAACCAAAAAAAAAAAUAAAGAAAAGAAAAGGAGGAGGAGAACCUCAAACAGUCCAUUAAUCCUGAUGGAGCACCAGAAGUUUCAUGAUGAACAGUCAAAAUUUUGUCUGAAUGUGGACAGUGAAAACAUGGAAACAUUAAACACAGAAGUGAGUUCACUUGGCACUGGGGGCCCUGACAGAAACAUAAAUCCAGAAGAAGAAAUGUUUAAGAAAAGGGCUGUUGUGGCUGGUGAGGCUUUUGAAAUUCCUAAAAUAAAUUGUGUGGACAAUGAUGAUAAUGAUAAAGGAAGCAGAACUGUCCAAAGUGAAACAUGGUUUGGUGUUGGUGAUGAUUUGGAUGAAAAUUGUAAUAAAGAACUCAGUAGCACUCUAAAAAUCCCAGCUCUUGAGGCAUUGCGGGAAAAUGAGAAGUCACAUAGCAUGAAAAGUUAUUUGAAAGUCCAAAGUCCAGAAGAAUCAGUAACAUUACAGGGAGCAAGACUGACUUGUUUGGAUGCUCUCAAAACAGAGUUUCAUCUUAAUAAUGAAGGAACCAAACUGAAAGAAUUGUUAAGUCAAAUGGACUUUUCAGGAAAUCUUUCGAACUCCUGGGACCAGGGAACUCACUCCAAGUUGCCCAUCAUUCCUGAUCUGAAAGAGGAGAAAGAGCUGUUUAGCUUUCACCUCCCAGCUUGCAAUGAGCAGGUUACAGGCAAGAGAGUGGGAGAAACACAUGCCAGUGACCGUGUUUCAAAUGAAGAGCAGAGUGAACAGUCAACAGUUACUCUGAAUGUGGUUAACCAGAACAAGGUGUCAUCAGAAAGUGAAGUCAGAGUAUCUGGAGAGCAUUCAUCUUACAGCAGAAGCCCUCAUGUCAAAGAAAUAAAAGCAAAGGAAACCAAUUUUAGAGAAAAGAUGAUUGUGUCUGGUGGACCUUCUGAAAGUCCUAAGCAAAAUUGUGACAACGACGAGAGGGGAAGCAGAACAAUUGUAAUUAAACCCUGUUACAUAGGCUUGAAAGACCUCAAGGAUGAGUUAAAAGAAAAAUGUAAAGAUUCUUUAAUAAGCUUAGAUAUUGAAACACAGUCACUAAAAAUGAAAAAUGAGAGGCAGGCAAGUUUUUCUGACGUAUUCCAAGUUCCUUUACAUAAAAACAAUGUUAAAAAACAAAAUAAAAUAAAAAUCCAAAACAUUAAGGCACCGUUGGAAAAUGAAAAACUGAACAACACGGAAAAGAAAGAGAUCAAAAGUCAUGGAGAAGCAGUCACUUCAAGAGAAUCAGAUAGUAUGGAUACAAAGAUUGACCGUAACUCUGCAGAAACUCAAGGAAAAAGGUCAUUUACUCAAAUGGAUUCUCCAGAUCUUUCAGAUAUGAUUGGGGAUGGCAUUUUCUCUAGGCUGUCGCUUGUGGAAAAAGAGUAUAAUUCUAAAGUUUCAGGAAGACUUUUUACCAGUAAUAUUAGUCAGUUCGGCAGGAUUAUUCUGGCACCUGGAAACACUUUGCAGACUAAGGAUCUUCAAGGAAUUCCAGGGGAAAGUCCCUCCACAUAUUUGUCAGCCAGCAAGACAGAGAAUGUGUUUGGUGAGGGAAAGUCCCAUAAUAGAUCUCCUGUCCUGCCUGAUCAGAGUGAUACUACUGAAGACAUACACGUCACAGUCUGUGAACCCAGCUGCAUUUCACCACCUAUUGUGGAAAAGUUUGGGGCUAAUCAGAAGGGUGAACUUCUUAGCAAAAUGAAGAAUCAGAUGCCCAGAGUGGAAGGUUUGGUUCAGUAUUUCUUAGAGGAAUCUGCUGAAGAAGUUUCCCGGGGACAGUUGAAUGUGGAAGAACAGAAAUCCUUAAACCAAGGAAACUUCAAAUCCAAUGAUGAAAGUGACGAUAGUUCUCGGUUUCUGAUGGAAAUUGCAGAGGACUUAGAUAAUAUAGAUGUUGCGAAUGUCCCUGAUGGACAAAAUAAGGCUGUGAAACAGGAGACUAGAGGAGAGCAUUUGAAUCCUAGUAAGGUCACCUUGCAGUCAGAAAGCAUGGAGGUGCCAGUGUCAAGGAGACACAAGGCAGAAUGUCAUUCUUGCUCCAAUGACAUAAGCAAAAUCAAGCACAAUGAUAUUAAAAAAACCACAGCUUUUUGUUGUCAUGAAUCAGACAGAGAUGGACAAAGUAGUUGUGUAGGAAAAGUAGCAGCUCCGGAUUCAGCCCAAGAAACCUGUCUCAUAGGGGAGGAAGAGGGCCCUUUGGUUCAUCAGUCACAUGGUGUGCAAAUUGUGUAUUACAAAAUGUCUGGGCCAGUAGUCGGACUCCUUGGAGUCCCCAGCAAGGCCUGUAAGCCAAGGAGACUGCAGAGACUGGUAGAAUUGGAGGAUUCUUCAGAUGAUGAGAUGUGUGUUUGUUGCCAGCCCCCUAAGAAAAUGUCUAGGCUUGUCCUGGGAGUCUCCAACAGCAAGGCUUGUAAGCCAUGUAAGAUGCGGAGAGUGGAGGAAUUGGAGGAUUUAUCAGAAGACGUAUAUGUUGAUUUCCAGGUUACUCAGGAAAUUAAAGACAGCGAUUACCACCCAACAUUACAUAAAAAAGAAAUGAAGCAGCUCCUGAAACCAUACGCAGCACAUGUGCGUUGGCAAAAGCCUUUGAACUCACAUUACAGUAAUGAAAAGAAGAGGAGGGGUAGGACACCAGCCUCUAAAGAAGCUUCGGCUUCUGUUCAUGAUAUGCAGCUGUCUGAAGAACAAAGUCGAAUUAAGGUCAUUGACUCAUUGCGUGGGAUGUUACAGAAAAGGUUGGAGGAGUCUCCUGAUCUGAAUGUCCAUGAAGAUACAAUAUUGACAUUAGCAAACAAUGUGGAGAAGGAAAUAUUCAACCUCUUUCUUUGUGUUGACCAGCGAUACAAAAACAAGUACCGCAGUCUCCUCUUUAACCUGAAAUCUCCGAAAAAUAAGCUCCUCUUCUACCGGGUGGUUCUUGGAGAGGUUUCCCCCCAGAGUCUUGUUCAAAUGAAUUCGCUGGAGCUGGCACCAAAGGAGUUGGCAGAGUGGAGAGCUAAGGAGAGCAAACAUGUGCUGGAGGUGAUAGAAAAACAGCAGCGAGAAACACCAAGGUGUUGCCCCACAAAACUGACCCACAAAGGAGAAAUAGAGAUACACAGGGAGGUGGAUGAGGACUUUACUUUGGAAGACCUAUAUGGAUCAGCACUAUGUAUGGACAAGAAACCUAUUUCCCAGCCAGCUGCCGAGUCCAAAAGAGACACCACUGACCAGCACAGGAGUCACUUACUGGACCUCGACUGCCUUAUCUGUACAGGAAGGAUGGCUCCUGAUGGUGAGAGAGGUUUUAACCCACUGCAGAGGAAACCAACCUCAAAGAAGAAGGCAGAAGAUAGCUCCAGAAGAUUACAUUCAACUGGUGUCUAUUCAUACAAAGAGAGAAGACAUUUGGAGAAAGACAGGCCUGCCUCAACUGGUGUCCUCAAGAAGAGUCCAAGGCUACAGAAGCAAGUCAAAGACACUGUGUUGUGGGAAGGAUUCAUUCAGAUGUUCAGCAUUAAACAGUUUGCCGCAAAAGCGUAUCCUGUUUCAGGCUACAGCACUUGUCUCAUUCAAGCGUUACCGGAGCUGAUUCAGUCAAGGGGCUGUAUUCUCCCGGAGGACGUCUGGGAUUAUUUAGAGAGCAUAUGGCCAGCUGAAGCCAAGGAGAUGAGCAUGAUACGAUUCUGCCCUGCCAUGACCAAAGACUUCAGCACCUACAACAUGCUCUACUCGUAUUUGAACAACAAACAGAGAUACGGCAUUGUGAACAGCAACCAGAUGGAAAUGUUCAUGGUACCGCUGCCAGCCUUCCAGCCAAUACCUGCCAAAUUCCAUCCACUUGGUGGCCCAGGUCUUGAUGCAAGUCACUCUUGCUUGUUGCUGGGACUGAUUCUCCCAAAGAAAGUCUCAGGCGACCCUUCUACAGGUAGUACGGGGCCCAGCCCCUUAAGGGAAACAAAAAGAAAGACAGUGACUUUUAAAAAUAACCUUGUGACCAAAUGCUUUUCUCCUCCUCUGGACGGUUCUGGGAGCACCAAACUGGCUGAACCAUUUCAACAGGUACCUUCCAGGGCAUUCACAGGUAAGUGGCUGUCUAGGAACGCGUAUCCUCCAGCGGUUUUUCACAGCCAGGAGCCCUAUAAUAAUAUGUUCACUCUCAGUACGGCAGUGGGUGAAGUCAUAAAUGGAGGGACAUGGCAUGCAGCAUCUUCUUCACACUGCCAAAACAGAAAGGAGGAAACAAACCAAUCCAUGCAGGAUUGUGCUUUCCAUUCACUUAGCAACUUCUCCUGGAUGGGAGGGCAGUCCUUCAGCACGGCUCAGGAAUCAUUGGGAAGGCAGCAGAGUAUGACUGAGGGACAUACGGAGUUUCAGGCUGAUGCAGGGCCAGCCACGUCACAGAACUGGAAUCACGGACCAUUGUCUUCAUGCUCCUUAUGCUCACAUGAAUGUGGUGGCAAUGAUGUUCAGCAGUUAUUAGGCAUAUUCUGUCCUGGAGUUGCCUCUUCUGGUGGAGUUUCUCAGGUGCCAUCUGUGCCCCAUCUUCUUUCCAGUGAACCUUCUGCUACAUCUGACCUCCAAAAUCAUGCUGCAACUGGAGACUUCAAUCCAACCAUUCCUGUGGGGGAAGCUUUGUCUCUGAUCCAGCAUCUGGAGGCACUGGUGCAGUUGAAUUCACAGAUUCAGAACCAGACUCUUUUCCCACUUCCUUCGUUAGAUCUUUCUGCAAUCCUACAGGCAACCACACCUGGGGAAUCUCAGAUUGUUGGAGGAUCCACAUCUCCAUCCGUCCAGCAGGAAGGUGGCAUGUGUCCCCAGUCUCAGUUGACCCUUCCUCCCUUUUGUGGACCAGUAUAUCCCCCUUCUGGUUGUUAAUUACAACGUGUCCUGUAGGGAGCUCCACAGAGAAUCAUUUGUACAAUUGUGUACUCCUAACAUGAAAGAAGCAUAUACAUAAAGAGUUUGCAACUCAUCUUAAAAACAUCAACCUCUGGAAUUUAAAAGGGCCUCCCCCAAACUUUUGAGAGUUGUGGAUAGGUUGAAACAUGCCCGUACAGAAAGAAGGCUUACAGAAUUAUUUCACCGGGAACAGAUGGAAUAAUGAGCAGCGCUCUAAAUACAUCAGUGGCCAGAUAUUGAUCAGAACGGAAAAAGUAGGGGAAGUGUUACGAUUACUCCAUGUAAGCUGUUUUCUGGUCACUCUGCUUUCUGUGGCCAUUGAAAAGGAAUUUUUGGCCAUUUCCCUGUGCACUUGAGGGGAGGGGGAGUGACAAGGAAGUACUGUGCACUAAGAAAAGUGUGUGUGUGAUGGGGCAGAUCUGAGACUUACUGAGAAAUAAUGUGCUACUGAAAGAAGUUUUAUUUUUUUUUUUAAUUUUUAAUUCCAUCCAGUCCUGGUGGUGGUUGGAGCUUUUCCGUAUACGAAAGGUUUUUAGAUGACUGUAUUACAAUUAUACUGAGCAUAAGGAGUUUCUCCCACUGGUAGAAAGGGACCUGCUGUUGACGUGUUACUGGCAUUUCCUUCACCAGCAAUUGCAAAAAAUGUUUUGUCUAUUUACAAUACGGUAUUUUUAAAAAAACGUUGAUGCAGGAUGUAAGAAUCCAGAAGAUGGGUGCUGGUUGUUAGAGGCACCUACGAUGUAGGCACUGUUCUUUUACACUAUACCAUGACCGAUUGUUUUUUAAAUAUUGUAUUUUUACUUUGACCAGUAACCACCACUGCACAGUAACACUGGAGACUUGAGUUCAAAUAUAGGCUGGAUUCACAUGUGACUUGCAAUCUGAAUCGUAGCAACCACGGUUGUUCUAUUUUGAUGUUAUGGAACCUGUACUGUUUAAAAAUGUUCAGAGUAAGAGAAAUAAAGAUUCUUUGGCAGUUAUG